AUGGCGCCUCAGUUCGAUGACAAGAUCGUCUUGAUAACUGGCGCCGCAAGCGGCAUUGGACAAGCAACUGCGGUGAAGCUUGCCGCACUUGGAGCAUCGCUCGCCCUGUGUGACAUCAGCUCAUCCGGUCUCGAAAAUACCAUCAAGUUAUGCGAGGACAACGACCACUUCUGGUCAGCCUUUGACGUCGGCUCGACGGAUGCCUGUAAUGAUUUUGUGGUGGAGGUCACAAAGAAAUACAGCUCCAUCGACCAUGUCUUCAACUGCGCUGGCGUAAACCCGACUUCUUACCCACUAGAGUCCACAACAGACGGUUACUGGAACAAACUGGUCAACACCAACCUUAAAGGCACCUAUAACAUUACCCGCGCCUGCAUUCCCCACCUUGAAUCUGGCGCCUCCUUCGUCAAUGUCUCCUCUAUCUCCGGCCUGCACCCCACCGCCCAACAGGCGAUUUACUGCAUGACCAAGUAUGGGAUCAUCGGUUUCUCCAAGUGCAUGGCGCUGGAGUUGGGUCCAAAGGGCAUCCGGACCAAUGUCGUGGCGCCGGGGUAUAUCAAUACCCCAACGAAUGCGGGAGUCGUCAAGGGCGGGGACGCUGUCACAGAGCAGGAGGAGAGCACGGCGCUGGGCAGGAUGGGGACGCCGGAGGAGAUUGCGGAUGUGGUUGCGUUUUUGUUCUCUGACGAGAGUCGGUACAUGAACGGGAGCGUUGUGGAGAUUGACGGUGGGCUGAAGGCUUAG